CAUUUAGCAACGUGGAUUUCAGCACACAUUUGCUAGCUGUGUAGCAGCCUGUUAAGUUAUCCAAGGAAGCCUCAGAGCAACUCUUUGGGUCCAAUUUUGAACACUCGUUUUUAUUUAGAUUAAAUCGGAAUUUAGGACAUGGCUGAAUGCGACUGGGAUACAGUUACUGUCCUAAGAAAGAAGGGCUCUGCGGCACAAUCGAAGUCCAAACAGGCUGUGACUCAGGCUCAGAGGAAAGGCGAAGAUGUGGAAACGUCGAAGAAAUGGUCUGCAGGACAGAACAAGCAGCACCUGGUGACCAAGAACACGGCGAAGCUGGACCGGGAGACGGAGGAGCUGCAUCACGACAGAGUUCCGCUGGAGGUCGGCAAGGUCAUCCAGCUGGGCCGCCAGAACAAGGGCCUCACGCAGAAGGACCUCGCCACGAAAAUCAAUGAGAAGCCUCAGAUAAUCGGGGACUACGAGGCGGGAAGGGCCAUCCCAAAUAAUCAGAUCAUGGGCAAGAUUGAGCGUGCUAUUGGUUUAAAGCUGCGUGGAAGAGAGAUUGGGCAACCCAUGGAGCCAGGUCCCAAGAAGAAAUAAGAAUAAAAUCCUCGAAAAACAUUCUUCACUUUCGCCUUUAAUUUCAUCUGGAAAAGUCCUGACCGAAGACGAGGUGUCCGAGGACGAGCAUCCAAGCUCACGGAUAGGCUGCGGCUAUCAAUACACUGCAUCGCCAAACUUACACACACUUCAAAGACCCUCUCUCAUUCUGUACAUCUAAGUUAAUUCACUAUGGAUGAGAAGGACCUUUAGUUAAAUCAACACAGGUAACAUUUCUGAAGGUAAUGAUCAACUAUUGCUCAACCAUGUUAUGCGCUGGACUUUGGUGGAAGUCACGGAAUGUCUUUUAACAUAAUAAACUCAGCAUUUUGAUUA